CUGGGGCUGACAGCGAGAGGAGGCAGGCAGGACGGAAGGACUGCAGGACGCGAGGAAGGCGGCCUGGGGCGCUGCUUUAAGUGUGGAUCAAAGCGAGGACGCGCGGCGAGCGACGGCGGGGGCGACGAGCAGCCCCGGGCUGGGGGAUGCGGCGGGAGCUGGCUGCCCUGCGAGCCCGGGAUUCGGGCUGCGCGGCUCACGUGCAGAGCAGGAGCUUGAGCAGAGAGGAGGAGGAGAAGGAGGAAGGCAGACGCCGGGGAAGGCUCUGCGCAGAGCGGAGUUGUGGGGCUGGCGCAGAGCCGGGUCCCCAGGUCCCGCGCGGUGAGCAGCCGAGACAAUAAAGUAGCGGUCGACAGCCCCCCCGAGCGCCCGAGGCUGGAAGCAGCAGAGCAGGUUUUGAUGAGAAAUCCAGAAGAAAGAAUGUGUGAAGGAAAAAGAUGACAUCUGUGCCUGGCAAACAAAAUCCAAAGAUUAUUACAGUGAAAACAAAAGGAAAGCAAGACAGUACUUACUAGUUCAAGAUGACAGAAGGCAGGCACUGCCAGGUGCACCUCCUGGAUGACAGGAGGUUGGAGCUGCUGGUUCAGCCCAAACUUUUAUCAAGAGAGUUGCUGGACCUCGUGGCUUCGCAUUUCAACCUGAAAGAAAAGGAGUAUUUUGGAAUCACAUUUACAGAUGACACAGGUCAGCAGAACUGGCUACAGUUAGACCACCGAGUUCUUGACCACGAUUUGCCCAAGAAACCAGGCCCAACCGUUUUGCACUUUUCUGUGAGGUUUUACAUUGAGAGCAUAUCGUUCCUGAAGGAUAAAACCACCGUGGAGCUGUUUUUCCUGAAUGCAAAGGCCUGUGUGCACAAGGGGCAAAUCGAAGUAGACAGCGAAACUAUCUUCAGGUUAGCGGCGCUUAUUUUACAGGAAGCCAAAGGGGAUUACACCAGUGAUGAAAAUGCCAGGAAAGAUUUAAAGACAUUACCAGCCUUUCCAACCAAAACUCUGCAGGAGCACCCCUCCCUUGCCUACUGUGAGGACAGGGUAAUUGAGCAUUAUUUGAAAAUCAAAGGUCUGACUCGGGGUCAAGCUGUGGUUCAGUAUAUGAAAAUAGUAGAAGCUCUACCGACCUAUGGAGUCCAUUAUUAUGCAGUAAAGGAUAAACAAGGACUUCCUUGGUGGCUUGGAAUCAGCUAUAAAGGAAUUGGCCAGUAUGAUUUGCAAGAUAAGGUGAAACCUCGAAAAUUAUUCCAGUGGAAACAGCUGGAGAACUUAUAUUUCCGUGAGAAAAAGUUUGCUGUGGAAGUUCACGAUCCACGGAGGAUUUCGGUAUCCAGAAGAACCUUUGGGCAAAGUGGCCUCUUUGUGCAAACGUGGUAUGCGAACUCUUCUCUCAUCAAGUCCAUCUGGGUAAUGGCAAUUAGUCAGCAUCAGUUUUACUUGGACCGGAAGCAAAGCAAAGCAAAAAUUCCUUCAGCCAGGAGUUUAGACGAUAUUGCAAUGGAUUUGACUGAGAUGGGAACACCAAGGGUCUCCAAAAUGGUGACACUAGAGGCAAAAAGUCAGUUCAUCAUGGCAAGCAACGGCAGUUUAAUCUCCUCAGGUUCUCAAGACUCGGAAGUCAAUGAGGAGCAAAAGAGAGAGAAAAUCCUUGAACUCAAGAAGAAGGAAAAGCUGUUGCAAGAAAAACUUCUGAAAAAAGUUGAAGAACUUAAGAAGAUCUGUUUGCGGGAGGCUGAGCUCACAGGCAAAAUGCCAAAGGAGUAUCCACUGAACGUAGGUGAGAAAGCUCCUCACGUCAGAAGGCGUGUAGGUACCGCAUUCAAAUUAGAUGACAACUUGCUGCCGAGUGAAGAGGACCCUGCUUUGCAAGAACUGGAGAGCAAUUUCCUAAUACAGCAAAAGCUGGUUGAAGCUGCAAAGAAACUUGCCAACGAGCCAGAUCUUUGUAAAACUGUGAAGAAAAAACGAAAGCAAGAUUACACAGAUGCAGUGAAAAAGCUUCAGGAGAUUGAAAAUGCAAUAAAUGAAUACCGAAUUAGAUGUGGAAAGAAACCCAGCCAGAAAGCAACAGUUAUCGUACCAGAAGACAUAAUCCCAUCAGAAAGUAGCUCCUUGUCUGACACUACCACCUAUGAUGACCCCAGUGACACCUGUACUCUUGCUGGGCAGCAAUCAAGUUCAGUACCUCAUUCUCCAAGAAUUCUUCCUCCCAAGUCUCUCGGGAUUGAGAGAAUCCAUUUCAGAAAGUCGUCCAUCAAUGAACAGUUUGUGGAUACCAGACAGUGCAGAGAAAUGCUGUCGACACACAGCAGUCCUUACAAAACUCUGGAGAGGCGGCCCCAGGGAGGGCGAAGCGUGCCCACCACACCUGUUCUCACCCGGAACGCCUACAGCAGCAGCCACUUGCAACCCGAAUCUUCAUCUCAGCACUGCCGCCAGCGGAGUGGAAGCCUUGAGUCCCAGUCUCAUCUGCUCUCUGAGAUGGACCACGAUAAGCCAUUUCCCUCCCUCUCCAAAUCCCAAAGAAGCAGCAGCACAGAAAUCCUGGAUGACGGGUCUUCCUAUACCAGCCAGUCAAGCACAGAGUAUUACUGCGUGACACCCGUGGCCGGCCCCUGUUACACCACCCAAACUCUGGACACUCGCUCCAGGGGUCGGAGAAGGUCCAAGAAACAGAACGUUUCGACUUCAAAUUCAGGAAGCAUGCCCAACCUAGCACAAAAGGAUAGUGUGAGGAAUGGCGUCUACUCAAAGAGUCAGGAGCAGCCUUCUUCCAAUUACUACACUGCCGGGUACACUCCAUAUGCAGAGUGUGAUCUCUAUUACAGCGGUGGCUACGUGUACGAGAACGACACUGAAGGACAGUACAGUGUCAAUCCUUCCUACCAGUCCUCCGCACACUAUGGAUAUGACCACCCAAGGGACUACAGCAGGUCGUGUCAUGAAGACGAGGUCGAGCGGGUGCCCCAUAACCCGUAUGCAACUCUCCGGCUGUCGAGGAAGGCUGCUGCCAAGUCAGAGCACAUCACCAAGAACAUCCACAAGGCCUUAGUGGCAGAGCACCUGCGUGGCUGGUACCAGCGGGCCUCUGGGCAAAAGGAGCAGGGCCACAGCACACAGACUAGCUUUGAUUCGGACAGGGGAUCGCAGAGAAGCCUGGGCUUUGCCGGGCUGCAGGUACCCUGUUCUCCAAGCAGCCGAGCGUCUUCCUACUCUUCGGUGUCUUCUACAAAUGCUUCCGGGAACUGGAGGACCCAGAUAACUAUAGGGCUAUCUGAAUACGAGACCCCGGCACAUUCUUCCUACACCAGCUGCUAUGGCAACAUCUAUAAUCCUUUGCCCUCUCCAGGCAGGCAGAACCAAGGGCUUCUGUCUCGGAGAAUGGUUGUGUCUCCAGAAAUGAGAACAGUUUUCAAUUCUCUUUUAAGUGUAGCCAGCUGUAACCAUACACAGAGACCGGUCAACUGGACAAUACAGAUGGAAACCGGCUGGAAGACAGCCUGGAGAAUAGUGAGCAGAGGCUCUUUUGGCAUGAAGACUCAAAGCCUGGAACAUUAGUCUGAACUGCAGUUGAGCCUCUUGACCGAGCACUGCAUUCUCACACUAGUGUGCCUUGCAAAAUGUGUUCGUCUUCCCAGAAGGCUGUUGGCUAUAGAAACCUAAAGGCAUCCAAGGUGGAAGAGAGGACUCCCGUGGCCCCAGAAGUGAAUCACACACUAAGCCGCACAAAACCCCUGAACAGCAACCCACCCUUCCAAGUCUAGGUGCUAACCUAACAGAGCAAGGUCAAGACCACAUAUGAACCAUUGCCAAGGAGGACUCAGCCUUUACCAAGAGCAAGCACUUUUUAAGAGAACAAAAGUUGUUGAAGGCAGACCUCAAAACUGUGAAAAGUGCGUUCAGGGUCUCCAAAAGGAAAGAAGGACCGGGGAAAUUUCAGAGCACAAUUCAGAAUGAUGAGAGAAGGGAAGCCAGAACUCCUUAGUCACUGCUCACCAUCGGAAAGUUUGAAUUUGUGAGCUGGCGAAGAAUUACAUACUCUGUCUACUGGGACAUGAACAAUUUAGACAGUAUUAGAAAAUUACUUGAAGAGAAGCUGGAUUUUUCAUGAAGUUCUGAAUGAGUGUAAAUGUUUUUAGGCUAUUAUCAAGAGUGAUGGUUUUCAUAAGCACCAUAAAAUGGGUUCUGGAAAGACUUAUGGCUGUAGCAUCCUGUAAUAUAAUUCAUGGUAGCAGAUUGGGGAAAAAUGAAGCAGCCCACUGAGUAACUGACAAACUCUGCUUGGAGAAUUUUCUAAGGUACACUAUCAUUGAGUUCCUUUUUUUCUUUCUACUCCAAUGACAUGAUGAACUAUUGUUCAGGCUGGUAACUCUCCAACGCAGCUGUCAUUGCAAUGGCAGACUUGAUAUGGAAAGUUUUUAUAACCAAGAGUUUGAAAAAGUAUUUUAAGGUGAUACAGCAAGAACCCAACACAAUAUAAAGAAAAAAACCCACGAACACCACAUCAUUUUAGAUGAAUUGCGUGCCUUAAAAUUGUGAACAUUUGAAAAGUAAGCAUAUUGUCUGGAUUCCCCAGGUAGUUCUAAGUCACCAAGUGACAAAAGCAAGAUUAGUCAUUAAAAACAAAAACGAAAACCUUCCAAGCUGCCGUAAAUUUAAUUAUGAGGCUAAAGCUACCUCAUACUUUCCUUGGAAGAAUUAAUUCGCUAUGGUUUAUCGUUGGAUGUUUUGGGUUGUUGUUGUUGUUUUUUUAACAAAUAUUUCCGUAUUCUACAUGGAUCUUUUUUUUUUCAUCUUUACUCUGCUUCAGAAUUCGUAAAAGGUGCUCCUUCCCCCUCUUUUAUACAGUUUUCUUGUUCAUAUUGUGAAUAGAGAAGUUUCUGAACAACUUUUGGGGAACAUUUUCUAUCUAUAUUCCAAAGCAUGUAAUAUAUACAUAAAGUUGAUUUGUUAAA